ACUUUCCAGAACGGCCUCACAGCGAGGCAAGCCCUCGAUUAGCACGGAUUAAUCACUCCCCCGCUCUUUCUCCUCCUCUCCCUCCCCCAGGCGGGAGUGGCCAUUCAGCCAACCUGCCGCCUGACUAACUCACUUUAAUUCACUGCCUGCUCUCGCUCGCCUCCAAAUCGAUACAGAGGCUCGCUUGAUCCCAGCCGCGCUCGCAGCCUGAGCUGAGCACACUUGGCGCUUGCCAGACUGCAGCAGCAGCGGCAGCAGCGACCGCGCGGCUCUCCCAGCGUUUGCCCGGGACUUUUUUCCCCCACCUCCCCUUUCUAUUUUAAAGGAAAGCAUUCGCGAUCCACCGAGGCGGAGAGAAGGCGAAAGGCGACCGGCAGCCCCAGCCUGCACAAGCCGAGCAAAGUCCCGCUUCCCUAGGAGAGGGGUGGGUCGGGGGGUGCUUGCAUUUUACGCACACACACACACGUACCCUCCAGGCAACUGGGUGGCAGAAUCGCUCUCCUCCUCUUCCUGGACUUGGAAACCUCGAGCUGCCUCCGGUCUGAGGGAUCCGCUUUUUGACCUUCGCAGAGAGAGAGAGAGAGAGAGAGAGGCUGCCCGGGGUUGCAUCGCGGGGGAUGCCGUUGCGGGGCUCGGGGCCUGCAGGGCUCCGGGCCGAGGGUUGCUCGUCCCUUAUGCCGGCGAGGAAGCUGCUGUCGGGGGAAGGAGCGCGGCGGAGAGGCAGGGCGAGCCCAGCGGCGCGGCGCGCUCCGGGGAUCGGGCUGCGCUAAAGCGGCCGGGCGGGCAGGCGGGCGCGGGACCCCGGGAGCUGGAGCUCGGAGGAGCAGCAGCAGAAGGCGGAGGAGGGACAACUUGGGUCUCCGAGCCACGGCGAUGGCCACGGCGGCGCCCUCUGGCAGGAGUCCGCCUGUGGAGUUGCCGUGAUGUUUGGCGGAGCUGCCGGGAGAGGCGGGCGGCGGCGGCGCAGCGGCGGCCGGGAUCCGGUUCCCGGAGUGUGAGCGGCGGAGCUCGCUCGGAAUCCACGCGCGGAACUUGCCGGGCGUUCAUUGGCUCCGGGAGGUUGCUGUUCUCCCACGGAUCUCGCGCUCCAAGCCGGCGGAUCGGCGGACCGGACCGGAUCGGGCUUCUUCAGGGAACCAGUCCCUCCUGUGUCCCAGGGAUUCCAAGAACGGCACUAGGAUGGUGCCUCCCCCACCCAUUAACAAGCCCCACGUCUGCCUCUCUACCACCCUCAUCAUAAGCAGCAUGGUCCUGAUGGACGCCUACCUGGUGGAGCAGAACCAGGGCUCCCGGAAACUCGGCAUUUGCAUCAUGGUCUCUGUCGGGGACAUCUGCUUCCUGGUUGUGCUCAGGUAUGUGGCCGUCUGGGUCGGGGCCGAGGUGAGGACCGCCAAGCGAGGCUACGCCAUGAUCCUCUGGUUCCUGUACGUCUUUGUCCUGGAGAUCAAGGUCUACUUCAUCUACCAGAACUACAAGGCGGACCGCAAAAGCUUGGACCUCAUGGCGCGCAAGGCUCUGACCCUCCUGCUCUCCAUCUGCAUCCCGGCCCUGUACGUUCUCCUGGUGGCCACAGAGCACAUGGAAUACGUCAGGACGUUCAAGAAGAAGGAGGACCUCCGCAACCGGCUCUUCUGGGUCAUUGUGGACAUGUUGGACGUGCUAGACAUCCAGGCCAACCUUUGGGAGCCCCAGAAGAAAGGUCUGCCCAUCUGGGCCGAAGGCCUGAUGUUCUUCUACUGCUACAUCCUCCUGCUGGUCCUGCCUUGCGUCUCGCUGUGCGAAAUCAGCAUGCAAGGGAUCAGCAUCGUGCCUCACCGCAUGAUGCUCUACCCGAUGCUGAGCAUGCUCACCAUCAACAUCGCCACCAUCUUCAUCAGGGGCAGCAACAUGGUGUUUUUCAGGGACAUCCGGGUCUCCGGCAUCUUCAUGGGCAAGAACGUGCUGGCCAUCGCCCUCAAGGUCUGCAUGUUCGCGCAGUACAGGAAGCACCUGCACCACGCGCCGGCAGGAUCUGGCGCGGCGGCAGACCCCCAGCACAACACCAUGGCCCAGACGCAGCCUGCCAUACACCUGCUGAAACCCCAAAACCAGACUCCCUGUCCCGAAGGGCUGGCCCAGGAGAACACAUGACACGCUGGGCAUCUCCCCACACCAGGCGGCAAGUAACACCUGUCUGUGGUCACUAGGGUCAACUGCAAAGAUGAACAACGCCGACUGGGCCCUGCAUAGCCAGUGCUGGUCCCUCCAGAAAGUCUGCAAGAGACCUCUUCCCUCCCUUGCACAGGCCGUGUCCUGGAAUUGCUCUGGGCUGAGGUGGGGUCACUUCUAGAGUGGCGCAGAACGGAUCCCAACCCUGACGCCAAGGUGCAAGCUAGCAGGCCGCAGAAACUGGAGAGUGGCAGCCUUGGGGAUGAUAAGAUCUGCUCGAUGGAUAGCGGGCAGCAGCAAGCAAUUCGACUCCUUCCUUUGCCUUUCGUGUACUCAUUCAUAUCUGUCACCCAAGUUGCUUUGGAACGUAGCCAGUUGGAUUGGCUGGGGGCAGGCCUUGAGGAAACUGGUAAAAUGCCUUUUCCGCAUCU